AUGGCUCCCCAGGUUCGUGUUUUCCCGCGGACGUCAAACGCCACUCCGCUGCCGUACACCGCGUCCCCGCUUCGUUUGUUUUGGAGCGAUUUGUGCCUUGUCCUUCGAGAUGCCUGGGCACUUCCAGCAAUCUUUUUCCCUCUUCGUCUGGGUCGAACGAGCUCCCUCGAUGAGCUAUAUCUAUCCUUCCAAGGGGCGCUAUCUCUGGUAACGCAGGCCUUUCUCACGGUCUAUCAGCUUCUGUUUCUCCUUUCUUUACCUUUGAUGAUUAUAUGCUUCGUCCCGGCUCUCUGGAUACUUGUGUACGUCGCGGCUGCGCUCGCCCUGAACUAUGUCAUCUGCAUGUUCGUUCUCAACGGGUUUCGGCGAGUGUUGGUAUCCAAGGUCCCGGUAGUCGAACAGCCUGGCCAUGAGAAAGAGCGUUGGUUAUAUAUUAAUGGAAUAGCUAAUGGUCAUUACUGGGUACAAGCCAACAUCGACCAACUUUCCUACACAUUCGGUCGCAAGAUCACUGGUAUACAUAAUCGGACUUCCGGUGUCCUUUUCGAUCUGGCAGAAUGCCUUAUUCAGCGUUGCUUUGCCUACGCUACCGGCGACGUGCGAAGCGCCUAUGUACUCAUCAAAGAGGCACUUCUCGAUCCUUCCGUGGAAAAGGUCGUACUCGUGCUCCACAGUCAAGGUGGUAUUGAAGGGGGCCUGAUAAUCGACUGGCUGUUAGAUGAGCUACCCCAAGAUCUUCUUCACCAGCUGGAGGUCUAUACAUUCGGAAAUGCGGCCAAUCAUUUCAACAACCCCAUUUGCAGCUGUCGAUCGUCAGUCGAAAUCGAGUCUUCCAACCGUGACCCGUCAAAGAGGCGCUCUGUUGGCUAUAUCGAGCAUUAUGCCAACCGUGAAGAUCCAGUCUCGUCGCUGGGCGUUCUACGAUUCGUUAACAUUCCAAAUCGAUACCUUGGUCGCUUGUUCAUUCGGCCUGGAUCAGGCCAUUUAAUGAAUCAACACUAUCUAGAUACCAUAUUCACUCUUGGAUCGGAUCGAAAGGUACUUGAAUCCAACCCAUUCAUGGAUAUGACGGUUGAGGUGAAACCGGACCUGAAGAUCCAGAGUAGGGGAGCGGCCUCGGGAGUUCAAGGCAGCUUUUGCGAGCCUUCGGAGGACACUCUGACCCCCAUGGUAAAAUCCGAGCGCAGAGUGGCCAUCGACGAGACUGACCACCAGAUUCUACGUGUCAAAGACUUCAGCCGAUUAUGGCAAUACAGGAAUGGCGGGUCACCCGAGAGACAGAAGACGACGUAA